GACCACUCACGCUUGCUGUUGCGUCUGGACUUCUACGGCGUUCGGGAAAAAAUCAUCACUGGCGAUGGGAACUGUCAGUUUCGAGCGCUCAGUGAUCAAUUAUUUCGGGAUGGGGGAGAAAAUCACGACGCCGUCCGCGCGGCAGUUUGCGAUCGAUUGGUGCGAAAUCCGGACGACUACGCGCCUUACGCCGCUCCUCUCGAUUUCGACGAAUACGUCCAGAAAAUGUCAAACGCGGGCGAGUGGGGCGAUCACAUUACGUUGCAAGCCGCGGCAGAUGCGUACGGAGUCGAUAUAAACAUCAUAACUUCGUACUCCGAGCACGGUUUCAUCGAGAUUACACCAAAAGAGGGCGCCGAUGUGAAUUCGCCGAGAAGUUUAUGGCUGUCCUUCUUUGCAGAAGUGCACUAUAAUAGCAUC